AUGGAAGGCCUGAAACUAGAGUCUCUUACAUCUAAGAGUGCCUUUGGCGGCCUCGCAAUCGUUUGCUUGCUCAUUUGGUACAUCUCUCGUCUUCUCUAUAAUGUCUACUUCCAUCCACUUGCCCACUUUCCUGGGCCAAAGUUGGCUGGCGCAACGCGGUGGUAUGAAGCGUACUUUGACCUUUGCGUUGGCCCUGGUGGCCAGUACUGGAGGGAGAUUGACCGAAUGCAUGAGAAAUACGUCAACUUCCACGAGACUCUCUACGCAAUGGGGGUCAAAAGAAACAAGGUGCCUUACAUGAUUGAUAUAUUCGGGACAAACCUCGCCAUAUUCGGCACCGAGCAGCAUGAUCUGCAUCGUACGAGGAGAGCUGCACUCAAUCCGUUCUUCUCAAAACGAUCCGUCGCCGGGCUCGAGUCUAUCAUUCAAUCAAAAGUGCGUCGCAUGUGUGAUCUGCUCAGCGACUAUGAGGCCAGUGGAAAGGUACUGAAGGUGCAGCACGCUCUUACGGCCACUAUCGUCGACAUCACAAGUGAAUAUUCAUUUGGAAAAUGCGCGGCUGCCCUCGAUGAACCUGAUUUUGGUCCGGACUGGGAUCAGAUGAUGCGAGGAGUCUCAGAGGUAGUCCCACUUGCUCGCUCUUUUCCGGGCAUUGUCCAAGUAGCCCAAGGAAUACCGAUUCGUCUUGUGGAGCUUGCGAAUCCUGUGCUCGCAGCAUAUUCACGUUUUGAGCAGCUUGUUCGGGUCCAAGUUGUAGAAAUUUUCAAUCGAUACCGGUUAUCCGACGCUGAGUUCGACAACGUCUCCACGAAUUCAACAUCGCUAGAGAGCAGGGACAAAAAGCCUGAUACUUCGACACGCUCCAUCUUCCACGAAAUCCUGAACUCAUCCUUGCCAGAGCAUGAAAAGACAGUCGAUCGUAUGACACAAGAAGCUCUGAGUGUUAUCGCCGCUGCUAGCGAGACUACUUCUUCGGUCCUAAGUACGACUAUCUUCCACAUCCUCGCGAACCCCAACAUCUACGCCCGCUUAAAGCAGGAACUCAAAGACGUCAUCCCAGACGCAAAAGAACUCAGCGACUGGCGCACGUUAGAAGCUCUACCGUACCUAACAGCAACAAUAAAAGAAGGCCUCCGCAUCACCGUCUCCAUCUGCUCCCGGCUUCCCCUAUCCUCUCCCGACAAGCCCCUCAUGUACACCACCCCUUCCAGCUCCUCUUUUACAGCCACCUCACCAACCUCGCCCCAGAAAACCUACACAAUCCCACCAGGCACCUACGUCGGCAUGACGCCCACCGACCUCCUCCACAACCCCGACAUCUACCCCUCGCCAAAAACAUUCUGUCCAGACCGCUGGCUCGCCACAACCCCAUCCCACCCUUCCCACCCACUGAGAACAAAUCCUAAACUCAUGGAUGCAGCAUUCCGGCCCUUCAACGCCGGGCCAAGGAUGUGUAUAGGGCUGAACCUUGCGUACGCGAAUAUGUACCAUAUCCUCGCCGCGCUGAUGAGGAGGUGGGAGCUGGAGUUAUAUGAGACGGAGAGGGAGAGGGAUGUCGAUUUUGUGAGGGAUCAGUUUGUGAGUAAACCUGGGAAGAAUGGCAAGGGGGUCAGGGUGAGAGUUGUGGGGGAGAGGGCGUAG